GCCAGACCCUUCUAUUUAAUAUUAAAAAGAAUAGUGUUCCUUUGAAGUCUAAACAUAAACACAGCCUUGACGUUACCAUCUCUCAAAUUUGUCUGUAAAGAACACAAACUUACAACGCGGCAUCGUACCACAAUAAAAGAAGCGGAAAACCGAGUUACAGCACUCGCACCUGUUAAAGACACUCCGCCUCCCCGCGCCCACCACAUAACAGAGAUUGCCCAGUAUCAUUGAGGCGUUGGAUGACGUUCACAUAGAUAGGUUCCGAAACCUGUGCUUCGCCGCCAUUGGCUUGUUCUCCAAAUGCCACUGAAUUUAAAAGUUUAAACUAGCGCGUAGCCCGCUGUUGGUAGCUGGUAUUCGAUUUGCCUGGAAUCUUCCGAGCACCAUGACUUCAAAAACAGCCAUCAUAUUAGUGGACACUGAUAACAUGUUGAAGUUUUUUGAUGAGAAACUGAAUGCUCUUAUUGAAGAUUUUAAAGGAAAUGGAACAUGGCUAAAAGAAAUCCAGGAGGAAGCCAAAAAGAUGUUUAUCUGUAACUUUAAUGAAGAGCCAGAGUUGAUGCCAAAAACACCUUCAGAAAGAAAACGACUUAGGAGGCGUUCAUCUGUAAUCUGGGAUUCAAAUAAGAGGUUUUCUAGGAGCCGAAAAAGUUUAAGGCGUUCCUCAGUUCAGUGGCCAAAACUCUUUAACAGGAUCUUCGUAGAAAAUAAUGGUGACUGUAUUAGCAGAACUGAGCACUACAGUCCUGUUCCUCUAACACGAUCAGCAUCACGUGCAGCAGCGACAGUGGCAAAACUAGAAACUGACAAACACAAUCUUGUCCCAGUUAACGGUAGAGUUCCACUGGUCGAAUUGUCGCUGAAUGGCAGCAAGACUGCAGAAUUCCAGAAGAGUCAUAUGGUCAAUUUAGCACAAUCUCUUCUGAGUUCUGAAGAUGUGAACUUGCUUCAAAAAACGGUUGAAACCAAAAAACCUCCGGGUGAAACUAUUUUGGAAUCUGCAGUGAACCUCAGCAGUCCAAAUCAUGAAGCAAUGAGGCUGAAAAUAAAUGUUGUUGCCACUAAAGAAAAUGUGGUUACUGGAGAGACCAGUUUAACUAACUGGCAGUUAGGCAAUAUGCCACUGGCAGAUGGGGGUUCCGUCUCUGGAGAAGACGACAGUAAGCUUGAUCACAACUAUAAUCGCAGAUCGGUACGGAAAAGCAAGAGCAGUCGCCGAUCCAGCUGCUUCAGAUUGAUGCAUAAAUAUUCAUUGAAUGUUCAACGGGCUACCAUGGUGCAGGAAUCCGGUAGAAAAUCUUUGCGUAAAUCAAUUGUCUGGAGAAAAAAUACACCGGAGUCCUCUGCUUCCAGUUAUCAUAACGUGAUUCAGAAAUUGAAGAAAAACACAGAGGAAGAAUGUGUUGAAGUGAGUGAGCCAAAGCAGAAUCAACCAGUCACGAUGACUCCUGAAAAACAAGGUCUUAAAUGCACUAGAAAUGACGCAAAAGUUGCUAAGGGCAAUCUUGAGGAGAAUGAAUCUGGUCUGCAAGCUUGUGGAAAUUCACCAAGGUUUCAGGGAAAAGAUAGCAGCAAUUCUGAUGAACUGAAUUCUGACAAUCGGAGGCUUAGAUCCAAAAAUAGUUGCAAGCGAUGUAUUGAGAAUACACAUAAUUCAAAACUCCACAGUAAUUGUGAUAAUUCUGUGCCAAGAAAGAGCCCUUCCUCACCUUGUCCUACAAGUAAGGAAAAGGAGAAAAUCCGCCUGAAGAAUCAAGAACAAGAAGAAAGAAUACAGAGAGUAGAGGAAGAGAAGAAACUCCAGUUGGAAGAGUUUAAAAAAAAGCAGAACCUACGGUUGAGAUAUGUUGCUGUACUCGGGAAAGAGUUUCCAAAACAAGAGGAGGGAAAAAAGAGAAAAAUUGAGCGAAAUAAUUCUCAGAUUGAUGAGCAGAAUGAAAAGGAAGGGGAACGCCAAGAGCUGCUGCAACAGGAGGAAGAACUGGAGAGGCAACGAAAAAUGGCAGAAGCCAGAAAGCUUAAAGAGCAGCGACAAACUGAGCUAGAGUUGGACGCACUGCAUGAGCUGCAACAGACUGCAGAUAGGCAGUGGGAAAGAAAAAGAGAACAAGAGCACUUCGAAGCAGAGAAAGAAUGUGAACAUGUAGAGAAAGAAAAAGCUGUCCAGUUGCAGCAGAAGCUGGAGUUUCCCACAGCAGAGGAUGCUGUACUGCUGGCUCUACCAAAGGGAUGGCUUUGUGAGGCAGCACAACAGAAAGAAAGCAAGCUGGUAAAGGAAGAGCAGCAAUUGAAAGAGCUGGGAAGUCUGUCUUUAGCAAAUGAGGAAACUGCAAGUCUCAAGGUGGAACCAGAGCAGCCAAAAUAUGAGAAUGGUCUUAGUGAAGAUCAAAGAAAAUGCAAGGAAGAACAAUACAUGAAAGCGCAGGAAGAGGCCUCCAAAAAUAUACUGAAUGUAACUGUAGAGGUGCACCGCUCACCAGUAUUGGAGUCUUACACUAUGACUCCCAAUGGCUAUUCCAAAAUCAAGUUGUCUGAAGUCAAUCUGGAAACUUAUGGGAUGGAUUUACAAAGUGAUGAUUCAACAGAUGAUGAGGGAGUACCACGUAAACCCAUCCCUACUUGGGCUAAUGGUGGCCAGUUGCAACAAGCGCUCAUAAAGCAGUAUUAUCACCCACUUGAUGCAGACAAAUUCUUUGGUAUCAUUCAAUCCCCAAACCUUGAGAACAUCUUCGGCAAAAGCAAGCCACGUUACCUGAAACGCACGAGUUCUGCAGUGUGGCAUUCACCACCAGUAUCCAACAGUGUUAAGAAUGUACCCUGUGGUGUUUUGAAACACUGAAAAUAAUCCUUUCAUUUCAAGUGACAUUGUAAAUGUUGUAAUGAGUAAAAUGAUCCCUCCUGAUGUCCUUUUUAUCUAUAUUCAUUCU